CUUCUUCUGGCCUUCAAGACAUGUGGCAUAGACACACAGGCAAAACACUUACACAUAUAAAAUAAUUUUAGUCAGAUGAGGUGGCAUACAACUUUAAUCCCUGUUUGUUAUAUGCAUGUGCACUUGCCCGUGUGGGUCCAUGUGAAGGCCAGAGGUUGGCACUGGGAUAUAGUUUUCAACCACUUCUUUGCCUUAUUUUGAGACAGGUUCUCAGUGAGCCUGAAAGCUUGCUGAUUAGACUAUGCUUUCUGGCAGUGAGCACCAGAUCCACUUGUGUCUAAUCCACAGUGACGAGGUUAUACAUGUGUUUGUUAUGGGGUUGGGGAUAUGAACUUACAUACUCAUACAUAGGUACACUCACUCUGAUAGUAGCAGGCCAAAUACUCAAGGCUGGCAGCUGAAUCUUUUCAAGAAGUUGAAUGCUGAGUCAGGUGACUUCCCAUUCUUUAUGUUAAGGUCUGUGGAUUUGACACUGUUGAGCUCCACCUUGGAAAGCCUCCUCUUUGCCUGUAGAAGACCUUGACUCUACCCUUCCUUACUGGAUCCUUUUAUCCAGUGUCUUGUUUAUACAUACACAGAUGGUAACAGAGACCACUAUCCUUAGACCAUGUGCUACCUCUCAAAUAUUCUGUGCUCACUUUUCCUGUCUUUUCAGUUUUCUGAGGUUUUCAUAUAUGUUCUCUUAACUUACUGAUCCAAUAUCUUUACAUUUAUAAUUUUUGCCCUGGUUUUCCUCUGCUUCCAGUCUAGUUUGAUCAUUUCCAGUUGAACAUUAUAGAGUACCAACCAAUAGAAUCCAAAGAGCUUCUCCUUUCCCUCCUCUAGAUGUGCGGUUCUCUAUUGCGAUACUAAUCUGUAGUUUAAAAUUGUGAAACAAAUUAUUUCAUACAAACGUAACAUCUGCAUGGUUAUUUGACCUUGUUAUGUCUGGGCUCUAGCUUGCCCAGCUUGUGCACUCCCACCAUAUUUAUUGCAUUUCUCCUCCUCUGUGCUAUUGGCAUCCCUCUACCAAGCUGAUCUCCAGAGCAGGGUGGAGCUGGAUGCAUUGUUUCUCUCCCGCCUCCCUUCCCUUUGAUAGGGUGGUCCAGGCUGAAUUUGAACUUGCUAUGUAGCUGAAGAUAACCUUGAACUCUUGAUCCUCCUGCCUCUACCUCCCAGAUGCUGGGAUUGUAGGCAUAUACCACCAUACUUGAUUUUGUGCUGUGCUGGGAAUCAAAUCCAGGGCUUUGUAUAUGUGAAGUACAUCCCAUAGUUGUAUCCCUCUAAAUGUUAUAGUAGUUCAAAAUGUUCUUUCUGUCUUAAAGACUUGGUAAUUUCUAAAUACUAUAUUGGAUGUCAUCUGUGGUAGUUUUCUUUCUCUCCAAGGGGACCAUGCUGAGAGUUGAACUCAUAGACUUGUGCAUAUUAGACAAGCACUUUUGAGUUAUACCACUAGCAACAUGAAUGCUUUAAACAUAGCACAUAGGUCGUCCUUGUUCCUUUACUAAUUAGGUAUUCUGGAGGAUUUAAAACCUAAGGCUUUCCUCUUUCUACUUCUUCACAGACUUUGUGAGUUCACAGGAGCCAUGUUGGUUCUUUAAUUUCUACCUUUUUAAGGCAGGGUCUCACUCUGCAGCUCUGGCUGUCCUGGAACUCAUUAUGUAGAACAGACUGGUCUCACACUCACAGAGAUGCCCAUGCCUCUUCCUCCUGAGUGCUGGGAUCAAGGUAGGUGUCACUAGGCCUGGCUUCCUGCUGAGCUGUUUUCUUCACAUGUGUUUCUGCCUCUCAACUAACUAUCUUUUGUUUAUUUUUUCAUCCUGGAGCUCUCCUCACUCUUGCUCAGAAUGCUUUGCUUCAGCAACCACACCCCCUAAUCAAGGAAGGCCAGAUUCUCCAGUUUAUGCUAACCUACAGGAACUGAAAAUAUCGCAGUCUGCUCUUCCUCCUCUCCCUGGGAGCCCAGCAAUUCAAGUUAAUGGGGAAUGGGAGACUCACAAAGACAGUUCAGGCCGCUGUUACUACUAUAACCGCACAACCCAGGAGCGAACCUGGAAACCACCUCGGUGGGCUCGGGAUGUGAGCACAAGCCGAGAUUUUCAGAGCCCAGGAGAGCAAGAGCCUCUUUCAUCAGAAGAAAACUACCACAGCAGUUGUUUCAGCCAGUCAGAUAGUCAGUGUGGUUCUCCUCCCAGGGGUUGGUCAGAAGAGCUGGAUGAACGUGGGCAUACCUUAUAUACCAGUGACUAUACUAAGGAAAAGUGGCUCAAGCAUGUUGAUGAUCAAGGUAGACAGUAUUACUAUAGUGCAGACGGAUCUCGGUCAGAAUGGGAAUUGCCAAAGUAUAAUGCUUCAUCUCAGCAGCAGAGAGAAAUAAUUAAAAGUAGGAGCUUGGACAGGCGGCUGCAAGAACCAAUAGUGUUAACUAAAUGGAGACAUAGCACCAUUGUGUUGGACUCCAACGACAAGGAUUCUCCAACUUCCACCAAACUCUGCUUACCUGAAAAUGAAUCUCCUCCUACUUCAACAAAGCAUCAAGAUCCAGGUCAGGAGAAAUAUGGAUUGUUAAAUGUAACAAAAAUUACUGAAAAUGGGAAAAAGGUUCGAAAGAACUGGUUGUCCUCUUGGGCAGUGUUGCAGGGUUCAUCUUUACUUUUUACGAAAACUCAAGGAAGUAGUACAAGCUGGUUUGGGAGUAAUCAGUCCAAACCAGAAUUCACAGUGGACCUGAAGGGGGCAGCGAUUGAAAUGGCAUCAAAGGACAAAUCAAGCAAGAAGAACGUAUUUGAACUGAAAACCCGCCAAGGAACAGAACUGCUAAUACAGUCUGAUAACGAUGCUGUUAUUAAUGAUUGGUUUAAAGUUCUUAGUAGUACUAUCAAUAACCAGGUAGCAGAGGCUGAUGAAGCAGCUGAAGAGGAGACGCCAGAUUCACCUGGGAUAGAAAAGCAGGAUAAAGAAAAGGACCAGAAGGAGCUUAAAAAACUUCGCUCAAUGAAAGGAUCCAGCAUGGAUUCUUCAGAGCAGAAGAAAACUAAGAAAAACUUAAAGAAGUUUCUUACCCGGCGCCCCACUUUGCAAGCUGUUCGUGAGAAAGGUUAUAUCAAAGAUCAGGUAUUUGGAUCUAAUCUUGCUAAUCUGUGUCAGAGAGAGAAUGGGACAGUGCCAAAGUUUGUGAAGUUAUGCAUUGAGCACGUCGAAGAGCAUGGUUUAGAUGUUGAUGGGAUCUACAGAGUGAGUGGCAACCUGGCGGUGAUCCAGAAGCUGAGGUUUGCAGUCAAUCAUGAUGAGAAGUUGGACUUGAACGACAGUAAAUGGGAAGACAUUCAUGUCAUCACAGGAGCACUCAAAAUGUUUUUUCGAGAAUUACCAGAACCUCUUUUUACAUUUAAUCAUUUCAAUGAUUUUGUUAAUGCAAUUAAACAAGAACCAAGACAGCGUGUCACUGCGGUUAAGGACCUAAUCAGACAACUGCCAAAGCCAAAUCAAGACACAAUGCAGAUUCUGUUUAGACACCUCAAAAGGGUUAUAGAAAAUGGAGAAAAAAACCGAAUGACCUAUCAAAGCAUAGCGAUUGUUUUUGGCCCCACCCUUCUAAAGCCAGAAAGAGAGACUGGUAAUAUAGCGGUUCAUACUGUGUACCAAAACCAGAUUGUAGAGCUGAUUCUCCUGGAAUUAAGCACUGUCUUUGGACGUUGACUCUUAUGAAAGACAGCCUGUGGAAUAGAUGCUGGAUUCCAAGAUUUCAAGUCUUACACAUGGUGUGUUUCAUUUUGGACCAAGCAGUGACUCUGAUUUUGCACUUUUUUGAGGGUCAGAGAGGAAGAAGAGAGUGAAGGCACCAGCUGGGACCUCAUUUGCUGCUUUGUUGGCUGUAAAUUUGGAUUCAUUUUAUCCUGGAUGCUUGCAUUUCAUCCUCCAAAUAUCAGUAAACAUCAAAACUCAGAAUUCUGACCAGUCAUAUACACUGGAUAAUUUGGUAAGGACUACCAUUUAGGUCCCCUGCGGUAUUGUCCUUGCCAUCUUCAAACUGGAUAAUGUAGAUUCCUUCUCAUGGUCCAUAAGCUCUUUACUUGGUACAAUGAUACUCACUGUCAGUUAUUUUAAAAAUGCUCUUGGGCAUUUAAGACAAAUGAAGUUGAUCCAUUUCAAGCCUGUGUACUGCUUUUUUCAGGGUGUUUGCAUGAGUGGCAGUCUUAAGUGCCGAAGCUCAUAACCCAGGUAGAAUCCCUGGGUGAAGUUUUGCUGUCAAAUUUUACUGUCUCAUGGCAUUUUUCUAGAUACCUUAGUGGUCUGUUGGAGCAGCACACUGACAGGACUUAAAACACUGUGAUAUACUGGAGUUCUGGUUAGUCUAAGUCAAAUCAGGGUAUUUGGUACCUGUCUUGCUGUACUGAAUUAUAGCUAACAAUCUUUAUUAUAUUUAGUGCCAUGUUGAGUUUUUGGUAUGAUCCUGUGGAAACAGACAUUGUUUGAUAUAAGUAUGGGCUAAGGACCUAAUAUAAUUUACCUUAUGUAUAUAACUGUGUUGUAUAGGCUCAGAAUACAUCUAACUCAAUGUUUCUAAUCAUGACAUUGUUAACUGUUUCCAUGAAUAUUUGGCUUCCUCCAGACAGAGGCCAUUAUUUGGGAAAGUUAAAUUGUGCACUUUUAGGUUUUAAUUACAAUUAUAGGCAGACCACUGCUAUGAGAAUGGUACUGAGAAAUACUGAAUAGACUUGCUAAAUAGUGAAACACUACAGGAGCAGCUCCUUAGGUUAUUUAAUAUGUACAGAAGACAUUAGAAAAAUGAUUAUAGAAUUCUAACCCCAGCUAAAAUAGCGGAAACCUGUACAUUGGAUGUUGGAUAGAAAAUGACACUGCAAAAUUUGAGUAUUUUCUUUUUAAAUUACUAAUGAAGAUUGAUUUGUAUAAUAAAACAGGGUUUGGAAGGUUUUGUUAGAGGGAGGCAUGGUCUGUUGAAGAUUUUUAAAUGUAUUUUUCUAGAUUAACUGCUGUAUAUGAAAUGUCUAAUCUAAUAAAGGAAACUACAAUAUGCUUAGUUUUUUUCCCAUUGGAAAUGUGCAUUUUGGUUCUUAAUUUUGUUAUUGUUUUGUUUUUAUUUACUGGCAUACUUUUAUACCUCAUUUUAGAAAAUCAACCAAAUCCAUAUUUCUUGUGGUAGAUUGACUUUUCUCAUUUCGUAUGUUUUCUUCUUUUUUUUUUUCUGUACCAACAUUUCCCUAACACCACACACUUCCUCAUCAUCAGUGUUUGAAAGGAAAUGAUUUCUGACCAUGAUCCUUUUUCCUAGGAUUGCAUUGAUGAUUUUCCAGAUUACCUUCCUGGGGGCGGGGGGAAUAAUCUGUGUGUGUGUGUGUGUGUGUGUGUGUGUGUGUGUGUGUGUGUGUGUGUGUGUGUGUGUGUGUGUUCUGUCCAAAACCUUUCUCCUAAGUCUUGUGGCUAAGAUAUUGUGUGUGUUGUUGUAAUCUUAAGUAGGUAACAAACCAAGCUGCUUGACAGCUCAUGCAGAUUGCUUUGGGUGGGGAGAAAUUCUAAACCAGAAUGUAUAGACUUGAAGAUGCCAUUAAUAACAUAGUGUACUAGAGCUCUUGUAUCUUGACUGUGUACCAGGAAAUCAAUUAGACUCAAAUCUGUGAUCUGUGGUGUUCUUGCUCUUGGUGAUCAUGAACAUGUCAAAAGUUUUAAAUUGUCCUGUGUUUCUUGUUUCAAAGUACAUGUGUGUAUGUAAAGUCUUUAAUGUUGUAUUGGUCUACCACUAAUAAUUGUAUUGUAAUAGUGUAUGUACAAUGAGAUAAGUGUCUUGUGUUUUCAUCCUUUGUGAAUUAAAAUUUAUGGAUUGUUUUUGUAAUAACAAAACCAGUAAUAUUUUCCUUUCUUGACAACUUGAUUUUUUUUAGCAGAAAGUAUAUUAAAAACUAAAAUAAAUAUUAUUAGUAGAAUUUCAUUUACUAAUAGAAGGUUCUUCAAAAUACCAUAAAAGAGACAAUAGAAAAGUGUAUUCAAACCACUGUUAAAAUUCUAGUUAGAAAAAUAUUUCCUUAAAUUUUGUUUCACUGAGGUAUUUUAUCUUUUACUCUGAAGGCUAUGAAAUAGCUCUGAAAAGUGUUGUUUUAGAUAGAGGAAAAUCUAAUAUUUUUCUUUUGUGAAGAUAACAAAUAAAAUCAUGAAUUCAGCCAAACUUCAAA